UGUAGUUUUGGCUCUGACCGGAACUAGGAGGCACGAGGGCUGUGGGCGUGUCUUAGGCUGGGCUGAUUCGUGUUUUGACGUGAGAUGGAAAGUGUCUGUCCCGGGCACAGGGAUGGAGAUCAGCGGCCUGCCCCGGGAUGUCCUCGCCGGCAGGGAUGAGCUCUGGAAGCUCCUGGAUAAUCUGAAAACCACAGUGGAAGGACUGGUAUCGGGCAACAGCCGAAAUGUGUGGUCCAAAUAUGGUGGCCUUCAGAGACUCUGCCGAGACAUGAGCAACAUUCUUCAGCAUGGGCUUGUGUGUGAUCAGGUCUACAGUAAGCAGCAGAACUACUGGAACUUUGUGAAGAACAGUCCCCGACUCUUCCCUGGGUCAUCUCCCCAGGUAGAGCAGUUUCUACUUCUCUGCGAAAACAGCCAGAGGAAUGGUGAUGGAAGUAGUGAAGAUAGCGGGAAGUUAUGGUUACAACAUAGCCUGCAAUUUCACCAGCUCUCUACACAACUCAAGGUCCUGCUUGGUAACAGACAAUACACAAAGAAGUUCUAUUCAGAUUCUGCCUUCCUACUGAGUGACACUUAUGUAACGGCCAUGUUUCAGUGUUUGGAAGCUGUUGAACAGAAUAACCCCAGAUUACUGGCACAAAUUGACCCAUCAGUGCUUGCUGGAAAAAGAGAAUUUGCCAUUUUAGGAAAGAGUUUGAGUCUUACAACUCUGCCGGUUACCCCAGUGAUCCCAUACACUGAGAAUCCACACCCGUCUGUCUAUAGAUCCUACAACAACCUGCAAGUUCCAUCCAGUAUGCCCAGCAAUGGUUUUCAUUCUGGCAUGGUAGAUCAGCAAAACAACAUCUAUAAAGAGUGCAUAUCCCUGCCUGUGAAUGAGUCCUUCCCUCCCACCAGAGACAUGUCUUUCCAGGAGCCCUUUUCUCCUGUAAGUGAAAUGAGUAUCAGCACGAUGACCAGCCACAGUGAAGAGACUGCCACCUCAGAAGACCUGCCUAGUGAGGCAGAUGAUGGCCCAGAGUACCUUGCAAUAGGAAACAUGAGUCGCAGAGCAUCUACUCAGAGCAGCAGUAGUUCCAAUCUCUUCUCCAGCUCCCAAAAAGAAGACACUCCAGUUCCAACAACCCCAGUGUUACCGACCCUGACUCUGCUUUCUGUCCCUCGCCGCUCUAGCUUCUCCGAGGGCCAAAUAAUUAAUGGAUUAAGCCACGUUAGAAAGAGCCACAUGCGCUCACACUCUGAUACUCAUGUAGCCAUUGGAAAAUAUCAAGGAGGUGAACGGAAUAUCACUAGUAUAACGGAGGAUCCUGUAGCAGAAUCCCAUGGAGAUGUUUCUAGAAGAAGCAAUAAUACAUAUAAUGGAAGAUCAAAUGCUCCCAAUUCCCUUUAUGUGGACUACAGCAGCUCACAGUACUUGAACACCACGGAUGGAAUAUUCCGAAGGCCUUCAGAGGGGCAGUCAUUGAUCAGUUAUCUGUCUGAGCAGGAUUUUGGAAGCUGUGCUGACUUAGAGAAGGAGAAUGCCCACUUCAGUAUUUCAGAGUCUCUGAUUGCAGCUAUUGAGCUUAUGAAAUGUAACAUGAUGAGUCGUCAGCUCCAGGAAGAGGAAGAAGACAGUGAUCGGGAGAUCCGGGAACUAAAACAAAAGAUCAAUCUACGCCGGCAGCAGAUCCGAACUAGGAAGACUCUUAGUAAUGAUGAGCAGUCUAGCAGCGUUGGGGUGACAGACAGCAGUUCGCAGAUAAGUUCACACGACUCAACUCAUCUGUCUAACACUGGCUCUGCAGAUGAGGUGGAUCAAUAUGAAAUCCAAGAUUAUAAGGAUGGGCAUAACCUGAUUGUAAUGACUAGGAAUGGACUUUCUGCCUCAAUGGCUUCUCUGCUCUCAGAUGCAGAUGUCAGAAAGACCCCAAGCUGUCAGCCUGUGCAGAGCUCAGAGUCCAUAUCUUACUCUUUCCUUCACUCCAACUCCGCUGAAGCUGUUGCCAUGGGUCUGCUGAAACAGUUUGAGGGCAUGCAACUACCGGCUGCCUCUGAGCUGGAGUGGCUGGUUCCAGAACAUGAUGCUCCUCAGAAGCUCUUGCCAAUCCCAGAUUCCAUGCCAAUUUCACCAGAUGAUGGAGAACAUGCUGAUAUAUACAAGCUGCGUAUUCGUGUUCGUGGAAACUUGGAAUGGGCCCCUCCACGGCCACAGAUCAUCUUCAAUAUCCACACAGCUCCCACGAAAAAAGUUGCAGUGACAAAGCAGAAUUACAGAUGUGCUGGUUGUGGCAUUAGAAUUGAGCCUGAUUACAUUAAAAGGCUUCGAUACUGUGAGUAUCUGGGUAAAUAUUUUUGUCAGUGUUGCCAUGAGAAUGCCCAGUCUGUCAUUCCUGGCCGAAUAUUACGGAAAUGGGACUUCAGCAAGUAUUAUGUGAGUAACUUCUCCAAAGACCUUCUUACCAAGAUCUGGAGUGACCCACUCUAUAAUCUUCAUGAUAUCAACAAUGCAAUGUACAAGAAGGUGAAGGCUCUGGAGCAAGUCCGGCUAUUACGAAUCCAGUUGGUGCACCUGAAGAACAUGUUCAAAACCUGUAGACUGGCCAAAGGUAUACUGGAAUUGUAUGACAGUGUCCCAGGACAUCUGACUGAAGACUUGCACCUUUUCUCCUUGAAUGAUCUUGUGGCCAUAAAGAAGGGGGAAUUGGUGCCACGACUGAAAGAAUUAGUGAGACUUGGAACCUUACACGUGGAUAAAUGCAUGUUGUGCCAAGCAAAAGGCUUCAUUUGUGAAUUCUGUCAGGGUGAAGACAUCAUUUUCCCAUUUGAAUUGACAAAGUGCCGAAGAUGUGAAGACUGUAAGGCCUGUUAUCACAAGUAUUGUUUCCGCUCGGACCAUUGCCCAAAAUGUGAGCGGUUGCGAGUAAGGAGGGAUCAAAUGGCAAGACAGAGUCUUGAGUCGUACAAUUCUGAACAGGAAGAUGAAACCUCAUAGGAGAAGACUGCAGAUUGACUGGAUUGCCAGGAUAAGGGGUAGAAAACCAUAUUUACAAUUCCCUCCAUCUUUUAAGCAGCAUCAUCUGCUACAUUCCACCGCAGCUUGGAAAUUGUCAAAGGCGACUCCUAAAUGAGACAGUAUUUCCAGCGUUUCUUUUAAGCCAUUGUCCGAAAAGUGUCCCGGAUAGUUUGUCUAUGACUGAUUGUGGGAGGACUGAUAACUUCAUGGAAUGUCAGCACCUAUUACAGUGUUUCCCAACCAGGGUGCCUCCAGGUGUUGCAAAACUACAACUCCCAGCAUGCCCGGACAGCCAAAGGCUGUCCGGGCAUGCUGGGAGUUGUAGUUUUGCAACAGCUGGAGGCACCCUAGUUGGGAAAGACUGACCUUUUAGAAAGUUGUUAUAAAAGAUUGUAUCAGGGAAGAAGAAAAAAAAAUUUAAUGAGGCCCAGAGAAUCGCACAAAUAGGCUGUUUAUUGGCAACUCGGCCCCAAGUUCUGAUGUUACUACCACAGAUGUAACCAAACCAGCUGUAGUAUGUAGGCAGGAUAAGGACAAAACCCAAUUCAUAUCCUUUCUUUAUCUUUCUUUUAUGGAAGCAGUGCUUUCUCUAUAAGCUCUGUAUUUUUCCAGGGCAUAGCUAGAAUGACUGCCAUUUCAACCAUAACUGGUACCCUUGGUAUUCAAAUUUUUUUGUUGUCUGGGCAAUUGCCACACAGCAGGUUUACGGUUAUAUGUAAUCCUUAGUUGGCAGUUCCGUUCAUGCUUUUCCAGUCAGCUUUAGGGUCUAUUCACACAGCAGAAUUUCUGCUUGCGGAAUGCUGCCUCAAAUUAAAGCCCAUAGACUUCUAUGGGAUUCUGCACGACCCAUUUUCAAGAUAUGCUAAUGCGGUGCUAACUGGCACUCUGACGUCAGUGACGGGCCGCAGCGCCGCCCAGCUCAUCAAUAUUCCUCUCUCUUCAUUACAGAGCGGGGAGGGGAGGAAUAUUGAUGACCUGGGCGGCGAUGCGGCCAGCAGCACUGAUGUCAGAGUGCCAGUUACCCUGCCUGUGCCAGUUAGUACCUUAUUAGCAUAUUCUGAAAAUAGAAGAUUAGGGCCGAACAGCGUGGCGGAUCUGGGCACGGAAGGCAUCAAACUCAUCAGCAUUCCCUGCACUACCAGCCAGUACUGCUGGUUAGUGCAGGGGGAGAAAGCUGACAGUUUUCCUUUUAAUUUGAGGUGGAAAUUCUGCCGUGUGAAUAGACCCUUUUGGGUGAAUGGAGUUUGCAGAUAUCUAUUUACCAACCACAUUCAGAUGACUGGAACUGCUUUUCAAUAGCAAAAACUCCUACAGCAAAAGCAUCUGUGUGUGAAUCUACCCUUAUCUGUACGUAACUGAGGAGGAAAAACUGCUGAGACAAAAGACAAUAUUAACCUUACCUUCCACACCGUGUUUGGAGCAAUGAUCUAACAAGCUUGAACUGACAUCACCAUGAGGUCCUUGGGUCACACGAGUGUCCUACUGUAUUGCACUAAUGUACUAAUUGAUUGUAUACCGCGCUCCAGUAUUCAUGUGUCUCAAGUGUUCAGUAUCUCAUCUGUUCUGUAUAUUUCAUGUUAUUUAUGUUUAUGCACUUUCUUAAUAUGUUUAGGUGCUUUAUUUAGCUGGAGCCUUGUAGAGGAUAGCUAGUAUGUAUUUGACCUACCACCAGAAUGUAUGAGAAGCACAGGUGGUGUUCAUACUAUGUCCUAUGUAAGAAGGCAGCUCUUGGAUGCUCUCCUAUGCACUUUCAAUUUUCUGCACUUCUGUUGGUGUGAAAGUGUCCAUGCAGGACUAUGAAUGCUUCAUCUAAAGGAUGUACACUGAAGGUUUACAGUCAUGCACAAGUUAAAGGGGUCCUCUGCCCCUAGAUAUCUUAUCUCCUAUCCAAAGUAUAGGGGAUAAGAUGUCUGAUCACGGGGGGCCUGCCUCUGGGGAUCCCUGUGAUCUUGGCUGCGGCACCCUAGACAUCUGGUGCACUGAGCAAACUUUGCUCCAUGCUGGAAGACUAGCGGUGUGGGGCGGGGACUCAUGACAUCACAGCCACGCCUCCUCAAUGCAAGUCUAUGGAAGGGGCGCAGCAGAGAGCACUGUGUUCCAAAAAGAAAAGAAUUUCCUCUGUAGUAUACAAACCCUAAAAAGUACUGGAAAGAUCAAGAUUUUUUAAUAUAAGUGAUUUACAAAUCUGUUUAACGUGCUUGCACCAGUUGAUUUAAAAAAAAAAAAAAAGUUUUCCACGGGAGUACCCCUUUAACCAGUUGACGGUUAAUAUUCAGAGGCAUCUCUCAGGCAGCUGUGAAAUGGACGCAUCCUCAUUGUACAGAAAAGGCUUGUUUUUUAAUUAAAGAUGUAUAUCUUGUAGAAUGUCCGACUAGACUUUAUUGCCUGAAAAAGAUUUGUCCAAGACUCCAUUCUGUCCGAUUUGAUAGAAAGAAAGGGG